AUGUUUAAGGCAUAUAGCGCAGCAUACUGGCUUGUGUAAGAGAAAGUUUGAAAUCAAAAUUUCUCAUCAUUGGCUAAUCUGCCAACAUUGUUCAGUCUUCAUUAGAUGAAGAAUUUCAGGUCCUUCGCCCAACGUUCCCUUGAGGAAAUAUUUUUGGUACUGAGCAGCUCUCUUGACAACAACUUGUUAGGGAUGAUAUAGAGUGCAAAUUGCUUUAGUCUCCAAACGUGCUGUGGAGGAUGACCAUUCCCAUUCGCAAACCCCCUGUGUUCAAUGGAAACAUUUUAGAAUACCCAAGAUGGGAAAACACCUUUGACAAGUUGUUCUUCCCAACUACAAGCUUUAUUAUCUCGGUGAAUACAUAAGUGGAGUAACACAAAAAAUGAUUAGUGGCCUGUUAGGACUGCGCAUAGAAGACGCUUACACGAGAGCCAGGAAAACACUGAAGGAAAAUUUCGGAAACCCCUUUAAAAUCUAUGAAGCUUACAGGGAUAAACUGAAAAACUGGUCACCGUAA